AUGAACAGUGUCAGGUCUUCAUCACUGUUCCCUACUCACUGGAUACCUUUCCUUCUAACCCUCCUCUCAACUGAACCUCAGUUUUCUGCAGCUGGAAGAUCUGCUCAGUCCCUCGUCUCCAACAACACCAUCAGCAACCACAGCAAAUGUGGAGGAAGUACGGAAUGCGUUCAAGGCGUUAUCCUUCCAGUGUGGAUGCCAAAGAACCCGGCCUUCCCAGACCGCCUUGCCAGAGCCACCAUCUACUUUGUGGGUCUGGCCUACAUGUUCCUGGGUGUGUCCAUCAUUGCUGACCGCUUCAUGGCAUCCAUUGAGGUCAUCACCUCCCAGGAGAGAAAGAUCACCAUCAAAAAGCCGAACGGGGAGAAAAUCACCACAACAGUACGCAUCUGGAACGAGACCGUGUCCAACCUGACCCUGAUGGCGCUUGGUUCCUCUGCCCCAGAAAUCCUCCUAUCAGUCGUGGAGGUUUGUGGUCACAACUUUGACGCCGGUGAGCUCGGCCCAAACACCAUCGUAGGGAGCGCUGCCUUCAACAUGUUUGUCAUCAUCGGACUCUGCGUCUCCGUGAUUCCUGAUGGAGAUAUCAGAAGGGUGAAGCAUCUCAGGGUGUUCUUCAUCACUGCCUCCUGGAGCAUCUUCGCUUACACGUGGCUCUACCUGAUCCUGGCCGUAAUUUCUCCAGGUGUUGUUGAGAUAUGGGAGGGGCUGCUCACGCUCUUCUUCUUCCCUCUUUGUGUUGGAUUUGCCUACAUCGCUGACCGCAGACUCCUCUUCUACAAGUACAUGUACAAACGGUACAGAGCAGGAAAGCAAAAAGGAAUGAUCAUCGAAACGGAGGGAGAACCGGAGCUUCCCUCCAAGGUCGACAUUGAAAUGGAUGGAAAAAUGCUCAACUCCCCGGUGGAGGAGACGGGGUGCGACACCCAGGAGCUUGAUGAAGAGGAGGCCCGCAGAGAGGUGGCACGGAUCUUGAAGGAUCUAAAACAGAAGCAUCCUGAAAAGGAGAUGGAGCAGCUGAUGGAGCUUGCCAACUACCAAGUUUUGACCCAGCAGCAGAAAAGUCGGGCUUUCUAUCGCUGUCAGGCGACCAGGAUCAUGACAGGUGCCGGAAACGUCCUGAAGAAGCACGCAGCUGAACAAGCCAAGCGAGCCAACCAGCACGCCAUCUUCUCUGAGGUUUCAGAAAACGACUUCUCCGCCAAGGUUUCCUUCGACCCCUGUACCUACCAGUGUCUGGAGAACUGUGGCAGCGUAGCUCUGAACAUCAUGCGCCAUGGUGGAGACCUGACAAGCACGGUCUCAGUGGAUUACCGGACCGAAGACGGAACCGCGAACGCCGGCUCAGACUACCAGUUCACUGAAGGAACCGUCGUCUUUAAACCAGGAGAGACCGAGAAGGAAAUACGCAUCGACAUAAUCGACGAUGACAUCUUUGAGGAAGACGAGCACUUCCUGGUUCACCUCAGCAAUGUCAGGGUCAUUACGGAUGGAACCGAUGCAGAUGACCACGAGGCAAACCACGUGGACGCCCUCGCAGGUUUAGGACUACCAUGCACAGCCACGGUCACCAUUUUUGAUGAUGAUCACGCCGGGAUCUUUACGUUCACGGAGCCGCAGGUUACCGUGAGCGAGAGCGUAGGCAUGAUGGAGGUGAAGGUGAUCCGGACGUCAGGAGCUCGUGGUGUUGUGGUGCUGCCGUACAACACCACGGAGGGGACGGCUAAAGGAGGUGGGGAGGACUUUGAAGACACACAUGGAGUCCUGGAGUUCGAGAACGAUGAGAUCUCGUAAGUAAAGACCUUCUUGUAAAUAUCUACGGCUUUAUGGUGGUGAAGCACAAACUUCUCUGGUUUCUCUUCACUGUGUUUAUGGUAAAACAAUAGACUUUAUAUCGUAUGGACAACAUGGCUGUACCUCCUGUCAAAUUUAAAACCACAUUGCUCUCAGUAUUUCCAGUAUUUUCCCAAAAUCGCAACUUUCGUCCUCCCAUUGGCUGUAUCAGGUGUCAAUCAUAGAAAACAUGAACCCCCUAAUAAACUUUUAAAAAUGGAGCUGUACAGAAAAAAGAGGACUUGAGCACAAACCAGUCUGACAGUAACUACAUGUCAACAUCACAAGAAGGGGGGAGAAACAUUUAUAUUCUGUGUCAUUCAUUUAUAAAGUUUGUCCACAGCUCCAAAAGGAGGCGGGGUUUAGGACCUGUACCAGUUACAUGGACAUUAUUGCUCUUUUAAACACUUUCUUUAUAUAUGGAGCAAAAGCUGUGAGCUAGUUCAGGCAGGCAUUUCAAACUGCUCUGAUUUCACUCUUAAUAUAUUCUCAAAAUCACACAGAAAUACGUCCUUCUGAUCUCAUGAGCUGCAAGUUUCCCAUUCUGCUUUGCUGUUGCUGCUCGGGAUGCACUCGGGUUUCCACCUGCAGGGGUCUGCUGUUAACCACCAAUCCUAAACUAAGACUGCAGAGAGAAGGAGGUGGAUCAGGUGUGUGUGUUAGUAAAGCAGAGGGGUGGAUCUUCAGGAGAAAACACAGGUGCAAUCGUUCAAAACUAACUGAACAGCAAAAAAAAAAAAAAAGUCCUGCAGAGAAAGAAGGUGCAGCACAAAGUCAAAAUAAGAGCAUCAGCUGUGAACGCAGAGCCAAAACACAAACAAGGAAAAUUCAAGGACACAAAAGAGGAAAAGAGCUGCAAGAGAAAAACUCGAGCUGCCGAUAAUCAAGGCUGACAAUAACAGUAAAGCUUCUUCACCUUUCAGUCAGAAAUCCUGCGUCUGAGCUGGUUACUGCGAGUUUAUAAAAAGUAAAUAUUGCAGCUGAACGUCAGUUUGGUUUGAGUUUUGUGACUGCAGGUUAAAGAGUAACUGAUCAGACGUAUGAGAGCUAAAUAAUGACUCUAUAUGUAAUCACAGUUUAAGGCCUCUAGUGUGAUUCCUUCUCUGUCUGACCGUCAUCUUUGUGAGUCGGUCGCAGACUGAUCAUGUUGGUAGUUUUUGUUUUGAAGCAGCAGGAUUCAGUUUGGAUGUUUUCUCAAACCUUCAGUGUGAGUUGAUUCCCGGCCCGGUGUCUACAUCGUCCUCGAUCAUGUUGUUCAUCCAAACCGUGGGGGCUCCUGGUUUGUCGGGCUCAUAAACAUCACGCCGUUCUCUUCCUUAUUAGGGCAGCUGGUGUUGGGCCGCAGCAGCAGAUCCUGCUCAUUGUCACGGCUCGGCCCGUAAAGCAGACACAGAGACAGACGGUGCAGCCGGUUCCCCUCAGAGCCAGCGCAGAGGAGGUCUCUGCUGGCCCACAGCCACCAGUGGGACCUGAGCGCACGUUAAUUCAGCUUCUGUUUCCUUCACACAGAGCGAGAGAGAGAUCCUGUAAAAGAGCGGAGAAGAUAAGCAGCUGAGCGGUGGAGUUUAGACGGAUUUUUAUACCAACUUUAAAUCAAAGUCCUCUGUGUUUUGGUAAAGAGUCUGUGGAGCUCUGCAGGAGCAAACAUCAGGGUCAGGAUCAGGAAAAUCAGCCUGCUGACUUUUUAUCUUUUGCUUUUGUAAAAUCAAGAUCAGUGUGAAAUAAUCAAUCAGGUAUAAAUAUCUGAAAAGUCUGAGAGAAGGUCGCUGACAGAAUUUCAACAUUAAAAAAACAAUGAGGUCUUAUUCAAAUACUGCAGUUUGGGUCAAAAACAGUUUCUAAAAGCUUCUUAUUUAUAAACUUUAUCGAACUGCAAAAAAAGAUCAAAUUCAUCAAAAAAGCUGAUGCCGACUUUUUUAUUCUGCAUUAAUAGUUUUUACUGUAUUUCUCUACAUCUCAGAUAUUCUCGGACUGACUGACCAUAAAAAACUGUAAAUAUCCUUUUUUUGAAGGUUAGUUUGACAAAAGAAGAAAACAAAGACGAAGAAACACACAAGUGUUUGUGUUCACUUCAAAUCCACAUCAGAUUAGUGCAGGUUUAAAGUGUCGGUGUAUUUGGUAAGUUAACAGGAGCAGAGAUGACACAGUCGCUCGUCAUCGUCUGCAGCAGCGUGAUUUAAAUCAGCGACACGUUUCUCUGGAGCUGUGACAUAAGAGCGUCUUUGUGUCCUGGAAUCACCGAGACAAAAACUCCAAACCAUCAAUCUGCUCACAUUAAAUAAACAUGGAAAUGGACGAGGGCGCUUCUCUGUUUCCACGCUGCUGGCACACACACACACACACACACACACACACACAGUGUGAAUCUGACCAAUCAGGGCUGCCGUAGCCUGCAGCAGAGUGAGGCGUCCAACACCAGAGGCUGAAGAUCCUCAUGUUGUAUCUUUGAAUCUUUCAUGACUGGAUUCAGCUUCAGUCUGUGCUGCUCUCAUUUAAUGACCGGGAAACUCAACAACUCAUCUGUCCCUGCAGGUGUCAGGUCUGUGUGUGUGUGUGUGUGUGUGUGUGUGUCUGUGUGUGAAAGAUGCUGUUUUACCUGCACAGCUACUGCACAAAGCUCCAUGCAUGCUCUGUCAUCUUCUUCUUCUUCAGAAAUGCUGAAACUGCUCUUUUUGAGAAGAUUAGAGAUGUUGUAAUUCAGUCUUUGCGUUCCAACGCUACAAAAUGAUUCGGCCAAAAGUUUCAUAUUUGUCCCUUUAAAUGAUAAAACAACCAAAACACACAUAAAAACAAACCCUGAAUCUAAAGACGUCAGACUCUGUGUGAAUCUUUGAUAAAAUCAUUAUAUAUAUUAUUAUGUUGUGGUGUAUGAAUCAUCAAAAAUCAAACAAAGACAGCGUGUAAUUCAUAUGUUUUAGGAGUUUGAUGCAGAAACAUGUAAAAAGUUGUUAGAGUAGUUACCUCCUGUCCUGAUUUGUCACCCAUCAUGAGACCAAAACCAGGACAGAGGAGACCCUGACUGGGACAACAUUCAGAACCUGGACUCCUUCAGUCAUGACUCACAUUAAUCAUGUUUUUAGGAAGUUCCUCAUCGCCUCCAGCGCCGUCUUAUUUUUAUUUUCUUAUUUUCUACGCCUCACUCUGCUGCACACUCCUCCUCCUUCUUCUUCUGCAACUUUCCUGUUUUUCUCUUUCUCUGUUGCAGCAAAACUAUUCAGAUCAAUAUUAUUGAUGAUGAAGAAUACGAGAAAAACAAGAACUUCUUCAUCGAGAUCGGAGAGCCAAAGCUGCUGGAGAUGAGUGGGAGGAAAGGUGGGGGUGUGGCCUUGUCGUGAUGUAACCCCGCCUCCCUGUGAUUCCCCCUCAUGUCUCUAAUGUCCUUUAACCUGUUGAUCCACAUUCACCUUUGGUCUUGUUGGGGGGUGGAGCUAAACUCACAAUUAAGUUGAUUGGUCUUAAAUCAAUUAGAUGAGAGUUAAAAUCUUGUUCUGGUCGCAGUUUAUCACGAUCCAGCGUAAUCCAGGACAACAGUCUACUGUCACUUUCACUUCUGUGCAUCUCCAAAACUUUACCACAGGUGUGACCAUUCACAAAUAACUUUAUUUAAAAAAGACUGAAGACAUUUCUGUGUGUUAUGUAUCAUGUUACUAUAAUUUAUUGUUUAUUUGUUUGGGAAAAAUACAGUUUACAAAAAAACGAGAGCAGCUGACUGAUGCAGGAAUGGCAGUGCUUAAAGGAGAUAAAGACUCUGAAUGAUACGAUGUGAUUUAUGUGAUAUGGAAGGAUAACAUACGGUGUGAUGUUACACAGCCUGAUACAAUACAGUACUGUAUAACACAACUGUGUAACACAACUCUGUAACACAAUACAAAGAGUGGGAUUGAUCUAAAGUCGGAAUUCUGAAAUAAAAGUCAGAAUUCAAAAGAUCAAAGUCGGAAUUUUGAAGUCAAAGUUUAACGCUGCGUUCGAGUUUCCUCAGAAGUCAGAAGUUCGAUCUGGAAACGACGUCACACCCGAGUUACCAGCGUUUUAGUUACCAAGUCAGAAAAAAGCAAAUCGGAGGUGGAAACAAGACGGCUACAUCUACGGACGUUGUUUUAGCGCUUGCCUUGUCGGAAUAUAAGCAAGGACAAGUCAAACGCUAAAAUAACAACUUAAUGAUCGAAGGCGGAUCCCAAAGAUCGAAGUCGGAGUUUUAAGAUGAGGAAUCAGAAUUCCGAGAUAAAAGUCGGAAUUCUGGAGUCGAAGUCAGACUUUAGGGAUCAAAGUCUCAACAUAGUGACUGAAGCCAGUUAGGAUACUAAUAUACAGUUAGGAUAUUUUUAAAUAAAUUCAACAUAUCUAUCUUUCUACCUAUCUAUCUAGCCAUCUAUCUAUCUAUAUCUACGUAUGUUAUAAAAUCGCAGCCUGCACACAUCCAGUUCCUCUCCAGAAUAAAAAUCAGGCAGGAAGCCGCAGCAGCAUGAGUCCAGAUUGUAAUAAGAGAAAUCUGACCAGAUAUUAGUCAGGACCGGACGCCUCAUAGAUCUUUGCGUAUAUUCCAAAGAUACUCUUACUCCACUUCUUCGGGUCAUAGAGAGUGUGAACAUAAACUAGAGGGUUUGAAGGGUCAAUAAAUUAAGAGGAAAAAAAUAAACUUGUUUUAUGUCCAAAGGUCUGUGUUCGGCUGUUAUAUAAUAACAAAGGCAGCUUCUAUAUGAUAACUGCACUGCUAUUCCUAAACAUGGUCAACUGAAUCCCAGUAGGAGCAGGUCUGAACGAUCUGAUGAUAAAUGAGGUGGACUGGCCCUUUAAUUUGGUUCUUGGUAUAGACUCAUUUUAAUGUGACUUCAGCCUCCCCCUCCUCCAUCCCUGCCAUCAUCACGUCCCAUCGGUGAUUGUGACCCUUAACUACAGAGUCCUGAAUGUGUGGUUGGAACUAAUGCAUGACCCCUGACCCCCUGCCCUGUUGUUGUUGUCUGCACUCUUUCAGGAAGACCCUAGCUGUUAGAAUAUUUGACCAUGAGGAGUACGAUAAGCAGGCCAGCUUCUACAUUCAGCUGCAGGAGCCGUAUUGGAACAGGAGGAGAUGGACAGGUGUGAGGAAGCACCCUGACCUCUUAGAUGACCUUUGACCUUUCCUUCAUCCACCUUAAAGUGCUCUGUUGCUGCUUUUGUUCAGUUUACUUCUGUCGCUCUUGCUUUGCUGCCUCUUACUUCAGAACAUCUCUAAAGCUCUUCUAUGGAGGGUAGAUGGAUCCAGUUUAGCUCUGGAUGUUUAACCAGAUCCACCAAGACGAGACAGGAACUGGGACGGCUCACAACAUGUCCACACCAGACUGGUUUGGACUGGUCAGGAGUGCAAGGACUGGUUCACAAUAGUUUGAUGUGUUAACUGAGUGGCAGUGUGAACCUGUUGGUAUUACCUAAAGGGAUAUUCUGUGUAAAAUUAAUUUAGGGUCAAACACACUGUAACACCGAGUUAGACCCCGCCCCCUCCAGAGAUGAAUGUUGUCGACCGCUUUCUUCUCUAGUUAUACCAACUUUAGUAACGACCGCAGGAUAGAAAUACAGAGAGCCACGCCCUCAACCAAAACGCCACUCUAUAGCCAUGAAUAAUGCUCAGAACAGCACCUAACUUCAUCAACAGGACAUAUUACGGACUACAGAGGGGUGUCACAGCUCAAGGAAGAACAUUUAUGAUCAUUUCUUUAUCAUUUCCUUGAAGUAAUAAUCACCAUAUUAAUCAUUUUACAGACGCGGUAGUUCUUCUGUCUUAGCGUCUCGGUCUGAUUGUAUUUCCAUGAAGAAAUGAUCAUAAAUGUUCUUCCUUGAGCUGCGACACCCCGCUGUAGUCCGUAAUAUGUCCUGUUGAUGAAGUUAGGUGCUGUUCUGAGCAUUAUUUGUGGCUAUAGAGUGACGUUUUGGCGUCUAACUCUGUGUUACAGUGUGUUUGACCCUAAAUUAAUUUUACGCCAGAAUAUCCCUUUAAGGUGACUAAGUAUUGACAGGAGGAAUUGAAUAUGACAGUUCAGAGGUUUGCAAAGGUAAGCAAUGAUCCAAACAUACUGGAGAAAGGAUGGAUCGACCUCUUAUCCAGACACGGCUGACUUGAUAAAGUGUUCAGACCAGUUAAGACAGAACAGCUGGGACUAUAACUGGAAAAUUUAAGAUCGUAGGACAAGUGAAGAGAGGUCGAGGCUGUUUGAGGCAUGUUAAGACGAGUUGAGACAGAUGGAAUAGAUACUGUCAGGUCAGCUAAGUGUUGCUUAAGACAAUCGAGAACAAUCAGGGGUUCAGCCUCUCGGUCCCGGCUGGGAUCUGAGUUUGGCUCUGUCCUCCCUCAUCCGUCAUGGUUCGGGUGGUUUUGACAGGACGGCUUCGUAAGGGUAAGGACCUUUAGGACCCGAUAGACAGCUGGCUGAGGCAGGUUUGGACCAGCGUUAAGAUUAGUCCGGUCUGCUUUAGAAGGUCUCAGUGGGUCUGUAGAUGUUUCCCCUGUCUGUUAAUCUCUGUGACAUUACACCUGCCUGCUCGCUCGUCUGUUUCCUCUCCACAAACCUGAUUUGACUUGUUUCUAGAUUAUUGUUGUAGUUUGAAUUCAGUCUGAAAACAGUCUUAAAGUUUGACACCUAGAAUGGAUCAGACUGUUUGUCUCAGUGAGGUUUUGUUUUGUAAUGUGACAGUCGUCAUUUACUGAAGCCGGUCUGUCGACUCUGUACCAUCCUGCUGUCUGGUAAACAGAUCGCCCAUCCAUCGUGAGCAGCAACAAGUUAAUUCCCCGUGGAAACACAACCUGCUUAGUAACUAUCAAUGAGAACGAAUGAAUAAUAAGGUCAGGGAAAACCUGCAGUUAAGGCUUGGUAGUUGGAGAACAUGUUCAUGCAGGAUAAGUGCUUUAUUAUGAUUAAUUAAGGGCUAAUAUUAUACUAACAAACUACUAAUUAACAGUGUGUGUUCCCCGAGGUGUGACCCACUUAAAAACAUGAACUAACUUUAUACAAACCACAUGUUUUUACUCACUGUAGAUGGACGUGUGAAAAGUAAGAGAACUUGACAUUGACUAAAGGAGUGGUUUUAUGCUUUUCUACGUUUACGACAAAAAUGACAAAAUUAUAAAGUUUGGUUUCCGUACAGGAAGUGUGCGAAGUUUCAAACUGCAAACGUAAACUUGUGUUUCAAUAAUCUUAGAGAAAUAGAUUCUUGUUAGGAAAACAUGAAACUCACCAAAGUAAUAGCAUCAUCGUAAUAGACUCUUCUUAUUGGUUCAUCAGCAGAGGGGGCGGGGCCUUAAAGAGACAGCAGCUGAAACGAAGCGUUGCAGACGGAAGCUGAAAUAACGAUAUUUUAAUUCACCAGAGUGAGAAACAGGAGGCUUUUUUUGGUCUGAACAUCGUGUUAAACUAUUAAAAAGGAAUCAGGGAGGAAGAUUAGAGUCUAAAAAUGAAGCAUAACACCCAACUUUAGACUGCCCAAAGUAAGGAGGAGUGGUAGGUAACUUUUGUAGACGUCUACUUUAAAUCAGGCCUAGUCCACACCUUGGUGAGUAUUUUUAAUAUCAGCUUUGCAGGUUUGUACAGAAGACGGUUUCCUCCAGUUAAAAAAAAAUAUGUAUAUAUUAAUUUAAAGAGGGAAAAGAGACUUUUAGGUGAACAUCCUUCUGUAGCUGUAGAGGGUGUAAAAACGUGAAGAACAGACGUCAAACUGUUUUCAGAUCUGUGUCAUCAGGAGACCUAAGCCCUUCUUCUUCUUCUUCUUCUUCUUUCUCUUCGUCUGUCUUUGUGCUCGUCUUUCUCUCGUCUGUUUCCUCUUCAGCUGUGUUGCUUCAGGAAGUCGGUAAGCUGCUCUCUGUUUUCUUCAACCCUUUUUCCUGCUGUUUAUUCCUCUGUUUGUACAUCAUUGAAGUGAAGGUGAACCCUCAUCAAACCCCGUCUGACUCUCUCUCCCGUGUUAUCUCACUCUGUUCAGGUGGAUUUGUCAAAACAGGUAGGUGGACCGAGACACUCGCACUCUGCCUUAUAUUAAUGGGUCGAUGAGACAGCCCUCACUAAUCUCGUAUAUCCUCUCUGUAUGGCCUCUGACAAGACAAACAGCUGUAUGGUAAGACUUGUCUCAGCAUCGUAACCUCGGCUUUAACCUAAUGCAGCAAUAACAGGGGUGCAGCACGUUCAUCUCACAGUGAAACACGAUCAUUCUGACCUGUGGAGGCUCACGGUCUUCUCUGCAGACUGAUGCUGGUUUGGAGAAGGAGGGUUAAGGAAGCGCUUUUAAUCAUUUCACACCUCGAACCUUCAGAGCCCUUAUUUCAAAUCUAUAUGAGAGCCAAGGUACACUUUAGGGACUGAGUCGGGUAUAAGUGUCUUUUAUAAGUUGAGCAACAGUAGAAUAAAGUAUCAGGCGGACGGAGGAGAGCAGGGAGAGGAGCAGGAGGAGGCAGGUGUGAGUCUGAACAGCCAGAGACAGGAUGAGCAGGACGAGAGAGGUCACAAGAGUUAACAAGCUAAACAGUGACUUUGGACUGUAUCAGAGUGUUGAAGUUAUUAAGACUUUUUAAAGUUUAGAUACAGGAAAUGUUAGUUUAUAAGAACUCAUGUUCAAUAAUCCUGAUCUCAGUGUUCAUCAAAUCAUCCUGAAUAAUCUGGCAGUUCAACAAAAAACCAAAAUGAAGGAAAAAAAAAGACAGAUCUGUGAUUUUAUCAUCAGAAUUAUAGAAACAAACUGUUCACCAACAGCUAUCAUCGCCAUGACAACCAUUUCACUGAGAGUCACCAGAUUACAGGGUAACUCUUUAAACCGAAACACCGGCUUCCUUCUGUACGAAGUGUGUGUUUACCUGCAGAGCUGGAGAACACACACCUGUGGUUUAAUGAGGUCAGGACGGUCCUGUGAUGGUUCGGCUCCUUCCUGCUUUACAAAGCUGCAGAGUGAACGGAGUGAACAAACCAAAGGUGUCAGAAACAGUCUGAAGUUCAUUCUUAUCUCAAAGGAAAUGUGGACCAGUCUGAGGUCUCCUUAUUUUGUCUCAGUCGUUUUCGAGCUCCACCUCACCUUAGAAAACUGAGCCUGGAGACACUUUCAUCAUCAGUGUGUCACAGCGCAGGGUUGGACAAAGGAAAAGGACCCAAAAAAUACAGACUAAAGAAAAAAGGAUUUAUUAAAAAGAACCAAAUCAAAAGCAACAAAAACCUACUUGAAAAUGUCCAACCAAAAAAAAUCACAAAGACAAAAUCCAAUAAAAACACCAGGAGAGCAGGAAACCACAGAUCCAGGAUCAUGUAGAACAGACAGACAGACACGACACAUGACAUGACACGACACGACACGACACAUGACACGACACGACAUGACACAUGACACGACACGACACGACACGACACAUGACACGACACGACACGACACGAUGAGCCAACAGGAAACAGGGGAAGACAGGGACGAUAUACACAAACAGGGAAACGAGACACAGGUGAGACUCAUCGGAGAUUAAUGAAGGCAGUAAAAUCAGACUAGAGACACAAGGAAUCAACUCCUACAAAAUAAAACAGGAAACAAACACUGAAAAGUGAUCUAAAGAAUAAAACACUGAGACCAGGAGAGAAACAGGGUCAGACUGAAAACUCAGAGGAACACGAGGAAAAACACUCAAAUAACAAAACCAGGAAAAACGACAUUAUAGAACACAUCAGGACACAACAGCUGUCAGCAGCAUUAACGGGAAACAUAUCCGGGAACUUCAGCAGCUGAAGCUCAGGUACAUUUUACCUUUAAGGACUUUGCAUAAUUAUAGAUAAGUUUGAAGGUCUGAUCAAACUCCUCCCCCUUUGGCCUCCUUUACAAGUUUUCUCUUUACGACCCCUCUGACCUUUAGUUAGAUCAUGAACAGACUUUUAUCGCUCUGUAAUUCCCUCUGAUUUCUACAGGAGGUCACAUCUCUGUAGGAUAAAACGGUCAGCAGCACUCAGACCAGGUUCAGGGACAGACCGGGUUCAUUAGAGGGUGUAAAUCUCGGGUCCCAGCUGCAGGAUGCAUGGUUUGCUGAUCUUCACUGUAAACUCUCUCCAUCCUGACUGCAUGAACACAAACACCGCUGACCUCACACACCCCCUCUGACCUCUUAGACCGCUGAGGCUGAUGGGAAACCAUCCACCCGGAGGUCAUAUCUGCUGAGCGAACACUGUUGUAACCCGGGGCUUAUUCUGAUGGUUUCAGACACAUCAGAACUUUUUCACACUCGAACUGUAGAAUCAGAAUCACUCCACGGCUGAGAGCAAACACACGACCCGAGGUCAAACACUCGCUGAUCUUCCUGUCUGAUGAAAAACAGACUCAAGUUCCCGCAUUUACACGUCAACGUUUCAUUGGUUUUGAACUUACCUUGAAGUCCUUGUAUGGAGGCAGUGUUUUCCCUGUGGUGUUCCAGGAUGUUCCAGGAUGUUCCAGGAUCAGGUUUUGUUUUUGAGAUCUGUUUUCAGUAGAAUCACUGUUCACCUGUUCAGGUAGAGACAUCUACAGGAAAGUCCAGGGAAGAGACAACCCUGUCCCCUCCACCAUCAUCAACAUCACAGGUAUGUCCAUCCGUCCCUCUACACCUCUUCAUUCAUUCAUUCAUUCAUCUGUUUUUACUGAAGAAUCACAGUAUUCACUCAUCCAUCUAACCCUCCAUCUCUUCAUCCAUCCUUGUUUGUUGUCGUCAGUCUAUUCUGAGAUAUUCCAGAUUUAAUAAGUUCAAGUGAUCAAUAACCUCAUCAAUAACCUCAUCCACCCAUUCAUCAAUCUAUCCGUUCAGACUGAUAUUCAUCCCUUCAUCAGUGUGUUCAUCAUUCAUCCAAAGAUCUAGAUCUCAUGUUUUGUGUCCAACCCCCUCUCUCCUGUCUUCCUGUCUCCCCCCUGAAGAUGGGGUUGAGGAGGUUUUGACCAAGAAGGAGGAGGAGGAGCGGCGGAUUGCAGAGAUGGGUAGGCCAACCCUUGGCGAGCACGUCAAACUGGAGGUCGUAAUCGAGGAGUCGUACGAGUUUAAGGUGUGUCCUCUUGUACGAAGAACCCAAAACACAGACGGUAAUAUCAGAGGAGAGUCGGUGGUUCAUCUGUUUCCUGUGGUGUGAUGUCCUUCAGAGCACUGUGGACAAACUCCUGAAGAAGGCCAACCUGGCGCUGGUGAUCGGGACCAACAGUUGGAGAGAGCAGUUUGUGGAGGCCAUCACUGUCAGCUCCGGUAAGACCUUUACCUCGACUAGAUCUGGACGCUUGUGUUUGGAUAGUUUUAGGUUUUUGUGGAUUUUCUGGGGAAAGGAUAAAAGUUUUGAAUCUUCUAAGGACUAACUCACCAAACCAGAACUAACUCUUGUCCCCCCCUCCUCUCUUUCCUGUUCAGGUGAUGACGAUGAUGAUGAAUGUGAUGAAGAGAAGAUGCCCUCCUGUUUCGACUACGUCAUGCACUUCCUCACUGUCUUCUGGAAGCUCCUGUUCGCCUUCGUUCCUCCCACAGACUACUGGAACGGCUGGGCUUGCUUUUGCGUCUCGAUCUCGGUCAUCGGCAUGUUGACAGCGGUGAUCGGUGACUUGGCGUCUCAUUUCGGCUGCACCAUCGGCCUCAAAGACUCUGUCACCGCUGUGGUGUUUGUGGCUUUGGGCACCUCUGUACCAGGUCAGAUACUAACCGGGGAUACUUCACAUAUUCAUGUGAUUAUUAGUAUGUUACACUGCAGAAAAUGAUGGGCCAACUCAUCUCCCGUGCAACACAUUUAUUUGAACAGGACUCCUGUGAACACACAAUUACAGACAGGUGAACAGGAGCACACGCUGCAUCUUGUUUCAACUCUCAUCACGUACUGACCAGACUUCUUCUACCCUAUAUUCCAAUGACCAAAACAUGUAAACUCUGAACUGAAAUGUUACAAGUGACAUGUGACAUGACUGUCUCAACGUUUAUAGUUUUUAAUCACAUACAUCCUUUCCUAUGAACUGCCAAAAUCACAUAACGCAUUUAACUUGAUAAACAAAUAUCUAAAUAUACUCAAAUUGAGGUUCCAUCGUGCUUUCAACCUUUGUUUUUAAACACUGCUUUUAACCUUUUAUUAACUGCAUGUAUUACAUUAAAUCUCUUCUGAACAAAUGUCUUUUUAAACUCUAUUUAUGUCCUAUUUAUUCUCUAUUUAAUAAACCUAAAUUAUUCUACACUUUCUGUCUACACAAACAUCACAUAGUGUAGCUUUACUCUAAAACACACUCAUGUUAACAAAAAUAGACUCAUCACUGUCUAAGCAUUGAUAUGAGACCACACGUUCACUCUUUAGCUUAGCCUCACGUUAAAUUCAACUCUUCACCUCACUCUGUAUCUCGGUUUACACAAGCAUCUGCUUGGAAUAACACAUCUACUCUACUUGACAUAAGUUUUGGCCAUUAACUCAUGCUUACACAGGGAUUAUGUGCAUCUAAAGUAGAAAGUUUAACCGAUCAGAGCUAAUGCAACAUAAAACACUUCUCUGGUUCAUUACCGCGAUCGCCGCGCACUGCGAGUCCGCCAUUUUAGAUACACAAACGUGACGAGUCGCCUUCACGGACUCAUUAACUUGUGAACUCGUUCUGCAGAUCGACAUCCUUGACAUUCUAAGGCACUUAUAAUCUACCACUACUGUUGUUGUAUAUUAAUAUAUUGUUUACCAUCCAGCUUACCUGUGAACACACAAUUACAAACAGGUGAACAGGAGCACACGCUGCAUCUUGUUUCAACUCUCAUCACGUACUGACCAGACUUCUUCUACCGUCAGCUACUGAUGCGUGAAAUACAGAGCGCCCUCUGCUGGCGAAACUCAUAUUAAGCGGGAUUCAAACCAAGCAGACAUAACAGUAGUGUUCCUGUAGAAAGUUACCUUUAAGUUACCUUUAGAAAUAAAAAUAAAAUGGGGGGGCAACUAUUUUUAUUCAUCCAUCUAUAUCAUAGUGCCACAAGUACGACAACUUCACUCAAGUCCCUCAACUCCUCCUGAACAGAAAAGCUAUAGUUACUGAUGUUUCACAUGUAGAGAUCAGAGAUAGAGAUAGAGAUGUUUCGUGGUACAAAGAUGAAGAUCGAAGGGUAAACAUUUACACCCAGGUCACAUAGAAUUACAGCAGACCGAACGUCUGUGUCUCUAACGUUCCUUGUUCUGGUCUUCUAGACACCUUUGCCAGUAAGGUGGCAGCCAUCCAGGACCAGUACGCCGACGCUUCCAUCGGCAAUGUGACCGGGAGUAACGCUGUGAAUGUCUUUCUGGGUAUUGGCGUGGCCUGGUCCAUCGCAGCCAUCUACCACUGGUCCAAAGGACAGCAGUUCAAGGUGGAUCCGGGCACACUGGCCUUCUCCGUCACACUCUUCACCAUCUUUGCCUUCAUCUGCAUCGCCGUCCUGAUCUACCGCCGCAGGCCAGAGAUUGGCGGAGAGCUGGGUGGACCCAGAAUCCCUAAAAUCCUCACCACAUGCCUGUUCUUCACCCUGUGGUUGAUGUACAUUGUGUUCUCCUCACUGGAGGCCUACUGCCACAUACCGGGCUUCUAA